GAAGGAAUAUUUUGUUGAUCAGCUGUCAGAGUGCAGACGCGCCAUACGCAUUUGGUGUUUUAAUUGGGUGUGCAUCCUGUAAAAGUUUCACUCCCUGUCGUUCCAUCCUUCAGGGCGGAGCAGUUCUAUGUUUGAUCCUUCUUUUUCUUUUGUUCGUAUUUUUUUUUUCCUUCGCAAAGAACACGUGGUUGUUACAAACCUCUCUCCGGACGCAGCAGGGAGGCGGAGGUGGAGAGAUGCGGGCGCAGUCGGGAUGGGAGAGGACGCUGUGAGGAGGCUGCCGCUCUUUAUCCAUGGAAAUUUGGCUGCUGAGCUGCACGCACGUUUUGUCGAAAGGAUUUUUAAAAAGACUCGCUUCCUGGACUAUUUUCCUGUCUUUUUCCUUUCUACAGGAGACUUACGCGCAAGAUGGGGACGAUUCCAGGAGGAGAGAAGAGAAUAAAAUCUGAUGUAGGUAGAUUUAUUAUGCAUGGAAAUAUGCGCUCAAGUCUCAAUAAGGUUUUCUCUCGAACAUUUACUUUUUUUAAAGUCACACACUGAGCAAAGGAUGGAUUACUUGAAUUCUUCUACCCUAGAAAAUGAGACAGAGGUGGGAAAUAUCUCCUCUAAUUCCACAUCUGAACAGCCGUACACCCAGCUCGCAAUCUGGGGUCUGGCUGGACUGGUCAGCUUUCUCAUUUUGUUUACAAUAGUCGGCAAUGUGCUGGUUGUUAUCGCAGUUCUAACCAGCAGAGCUCUUAAGCCACCCCAAAACCUUUUCUUGGUCUCCUUGGCCAGCGCAGACAUACUGGUAGCCACUCUGGUCAUGCCCUUCUCUCUGGCAAAUGAACUUAUGGGCUAUUGGUUUUUUGGCAAAAUUUGGUGUGACAUCUACCUGGCUCUGGAUGUUUUGUUUUGCACCUCUUCCAUCGUUCACCUCUGUGCCAUCAGUCUGGACAGAUACUGGUCAGUGACACAGGCUGUCGAGUACAACUUAAAGAGAACACCUAAACGAGUUAAAGGUAUGAUCAUAGUGGUGUGGUUGAUCUCAGCUGUAAUCUCCUUCCCGCCGCUGAUUUCGAUGGACAGGAGCAGCAAUGAAAGGAAACCCAUGUGUCAGCUGAACGACGUGACCUGGUACAUUCUCUACUCUAGCAUUGGAUCCUUCUUUGCUCCAUGUGUUAUAAUGAUCUUGGUCUAUAUUCGAAUCUAUCAAGUGGCAAAAACCAGGACCAGGACCAUGUCGGAAAAGAAGAGGAGUGUGGAUUCCCCUCUUGAAAAUGGGAUGGACCAAGCCGAGCCAGGCAUGGGAGGGUCCAUCAAGUCCACCCAGGGAGGGAGCACGAAGGAGCGAGAACGUGAGAACGGACACUGCCAAGAGCAAACAGUGGGAUCCCCUCGGUCAAAGGAGCCAAAACCUCCAUUAAAUAACCAUGAAGACGAGUUUGACGAUAGCAGCUCAUCAGACGAGAAACCAAAAAAGUGCAUUGGCUCUUCCAAACAAAGCCAGAACAACAGAAAAGACAGAAAGUCCAGCAGGAAGAGCAGCUCUGCCUCCAAAUACUCCAGCAGGAAGUCGCGUUCCAGCUCAAAGUCCUUGGAGCUGUUCUCCUCCCGUCGGAAACGUCGGAGCACCGUCAACCGAAAGAAAAUCUCUGCCGCCCGGGAGAAGCGCUUCACGUUUGUCCUUGCUGUGGUCAUGGGCGUUUUUGUUGUGUGCUGGUUCCCUUUCUUCUUCUCCUACAGCCUGUAUGGAAUCUGCCGCAAUUCAUGCAAGAUCCCAGAUGUGCUGUUUAAGUUCUUCUUUUGGAUCGGCUACUGUAACAGCUCCCUCAACCCGGUCAUCUAUACCAUCUUCAAUCAGGACUUUCGCAGAGCCUUCCAGAAGAUUCUCUGUAACUCAUGGAAACGGUCUUUUUGAGGAAGUCCUGGAUGACUGGGGGUUUUAUUAAGUGGAUGUGAAGUCAAAUGUCCCAGUGUCGUUUGACUGAUGAAGCCUGAGGUGCUUUCAUGCACUCGCUUUCUAGGAUCUGACUGGGAACGAUGGGACAUCAGCAGAAAGGGAAUAACAUGAAGGGAAUAAACAGAUGAGUCUGGCAUCUUAUGCCUCACAGACUGAUCUGAUUUAAGCUUGAGCUGCUUUCCUCCAAUGGUUUUGUCUCUCUUGCAUUGAAAUAAUCAGACUCUUUCCAGGCGGCUCUGUGAUGCAUGCCUGCCACAGUGGCUGCCUUUGGAUGAACUUGACAGCAGACGAAGAGUUAACAGAGGAGCUCAGUUUAUAAACUCACAACACUAUAAAUGAGUGUGAAGCGAAGGCCUUGACAAUCUUUCUGAGACUGUUGGUUGUGACAUUAGUAUCUUUUUCUUUGUCUGUUUACUCGUUUUUUCUUGACCUUACUGUUACAUCACGCUCUCAACAUGAAGACCAUUGGGACAAAGGGGCUCCUUGCUUCCUGUAUAAGUAGCAAAACUGUUUCACCAAAAAAAAGGACUUGAACUGAUGAACAAAAGUUACCUUCAGUGUUUAUCAUCAUGUGUGAAAUGAACCUAGCCACCAGGACAUAGCACAUGUUGAAUCUGGUAAUGCUUAUUUGUUCCCUUCAUGCCUUUGCACCUUCUCUCUCCUCUUUGAGAACAGCUUGAAUAUGGAGUUACUGUAGAGGUAGAUGGACACUCACUGAGGCUUUACUGAGUGUUUUAAAAGAGAACAGGGAGAUAAAGUUUGCAACAUAUGGAUGUCUGUUAAGAUAAAGUGAGCUACAUCUUACCUCCACCUCCUGUUUGUGGUUGUUGGCGUGUGUGUGCACGUGUGUGUGUGUGUGUGUGUGUG